GAAGGGAAUAAGGAUGUUGUGUAAUCUGUACCACUUGUAACACCCUGCUUUGUUGCUUUGCUUGUGAAACAUAUAUUUCUGUUGCAAAAAUCGAGAAACAUGAUUUGCCCUAGUUAACUAGAAAGCUCAGCGUCGACACGAGCUGAAAUGGACUUGCGUGUCUGCGUAGGCCAGGAAUCAAACGAUUCCAUCUCCUCCUCAUGUAGUGAUGAAAGCACUGAGGGAGAGCUCAUAACAGGGGACCUCUGUGAAUCACGUGUGGUUCCAACUUAUCCCGUCAUCAAGGUCAAGGAGGAACCUCGCAGCGUCUCUCCAGGAGCCAAUGGAACCAUAGAGGAACUCAUUACAGGAGAUACACCUGAGGAAAUAAUAACCACACCAGACAUCCACGUGAACGAAGAGCUCGAGGACUCCCACACCUCCCAGCCAUCGAGACAGGGCUCGUUCAGCGUGCCAGCUCCGGCCCAUGGGCAAGGCCACUGCUUUCCUCUUAACACGCUCUCCAAGGUGAACGGCGAGGCGGACCCUGAGCCCUAUGACCUACGUGCCUGUGCUACAAGCCCUACAUGCCUGGCGAGAAACGACUCGACUCGAGGGGCAAACGGCACCGACUCGUCGUCGCAGGAGAGCGGCCACGAAACCACAUCUCCCAAGACUUCGAGCGAGCCGUCCUUCAAGUGCCACCUGUGUCCGGGGACGUUCUUCAAGGAAGCCCACCUGAGAAGCCACCUCAGGGUGCACGUCAGGAAACCGUUUGUUUGCAACACCUGCUCCGCAUCAUUUUCUCAGCUCAUGUCCCUCGUGUCACACAUGAGGCUGCACACGCAGCUAAGCCCGCACAAGUGUCCGAUAUGCUCCAGCGAAUUCACCACGCACUCCUUCCUCGAGAGCCACAUUGCCGUCCACGCCGGCGAAGAGGCCCGCAACGGCGAAGUCAGCCCCGCAGGACUCGUCCAGUCCACGAACCACAUGCGACUGCACCUGGCCAAGAGGCCCCACAAGUGCGAGCACUGCCCCGCGGCCUUCGCCUUCGCCGGGCAGCUGAGGGUCCACAUGCUGGUGCACACGGGGGAGAGGCCCUUCAAGUGCGCGCUGUGCCCCGCCGCGUUCUGCCGCGACUCGCAGCUCAAGUACCACACGCGGACGCACACGGGCGAGAAGCCCUUCAAGUGCGAGCUGUGCCCCGCGGAGUUCGUGCGCCCCGCCAACCUGAGGUCCCACCUGCGCACGCACACGGGCGAGAAGCCCUACAAGUGCGAGCUCUGCUCGGCUGCGUACUCGCAGAGUGUGGACCUCAAGAGGCACCUGCUCAAGCACACGGGGGAGAAGCCCUUCAAGUGCACGUUCUGCCCCGCGGCGUUCGCCCGCUCCUCGCGCCUGGCCGACCACCAGAGGACGCACACGGGCGAGAAGCCCUACAAGUGCGAGACUUGCGACGCCACCUUCUCGUACACCCGCCAGCUCAAGGCCCACAUGGAGACGCACACGGGCCAGAAGCCGCACAGGUGCAGGCUGUGCCCCGCGCAGUUCAGCCAGUCCACCAACCUCAAGCGCCACAUGCAGGUGCACACGGGCGAGAAGCCGCACAAGUGCGAGGUCUGCCCCGCGACCUUCACCCAGCACUCGCACCUGAAGCGCCACGUGCGGAUGCACGAGGAAGAGAAGUCGAGCGCGACGUCCGAACUGCUCUGCUGACCGCCGGAACGUUGAAGUGUCGUGUCGCGCGGAGAUCGUGGGAUUGAUUUCCGCGGCAUCCGCUUUCCGAAGUCGUUACGUUAGAAAGUGUGGGGUAACCAGAGAUAUAAGCUUUGCGAAUGUUGCUGAACCUCCUGCGGUGUUUAAGCACUUUGCGCCUGUCUUAAUCUCGAUGCGGUCUGUUAUUUAUUUCACUAAUUUACGUGGUAAAAAUUCCGAUGGGACCCCUUAUCUCGCGGAGCAACUCGGAUGAGUCGAACUCUCAAAACUAGAGCUCUUUUUACGAGCGAUGCAGUUCGACGGUCGUAAUAGUGUGGUGCAAGACUACACGUUCUGGCACAAUGAACAACUAGAUUCUUGAUGUCUGAAAGGCAGAACAAAUUUAACUGGCCGUUUUUAUUUUGAGAGGCCCACGAGGGCAUAGAACUUACUUUGGUGGCUCUUGAUUCAAUUUGACGACCUUUACUACUUAAUGAAUAAUGAUAAUCGAAUGGUGUUUAAUUAAUUUAAGCGUGCAUAAAACUCUAACGACAGAAAUUAGUAGCGAGGAUUUCCUUACACCACUGGCUCCAGUGAAGUGCAUUCAGGGAACGCAUAUCUAGCCACAGCAAAAUGGCGGAAACAGAAACACCGAUGCGUACCCCAUCAAUUGAGUCUCAUUCUUCUCAAACAAAUAGCAGGAAUGACGAACGUGUGUAAGGUUUGCCUCUGGACAACUCGCAUCUUUAGUGCAGAGCAGUGAAGUGUGAAGUACUUCAAGACUGUACUGAAAGUGAAGCUCCGAGCUCUGUGCGUUAUUUGUACUUCUCACGUAGUACAAGUUACUACGCAACAAAUGUACUGAGAAUGAAGUAAAUCAACUUGUCAAGUA